CACAUCGAGCCAGCACAUGGUGCUCGUUCCACAGCUGACUCGGAUCCGCACGCCUUCUUGUCUUCCAGGCUCUGCGGCUACCCUCCUUUCUAUGAUGAAAACGACUCCAAGCUCUUUGAGCAGAUCCUCAAGGCAGAAUAUGAGUUCGACUCCCCCUAUUGGGAUGACAUCUCCGACUCGGCAAAAGACUUCAUUCGGAACCUGAUGGAGAAAGAUCCGAAUAAAAGAUACACAUGCGAGCAGGCAGCUCGGCACCCAUGGAUCGCUGGUGACACAGCCCUCAGCAAAAACAUCCACGAGUCGGUCAGUGCCCAGAUCCGGAAGAACUUCGCCAAAAGCAAGUGGAGACAAGCGUUUAAUGCCACGGCCGUUGUGAGACAUAUGAGAAAACUACAUCUUGGCAGCAGCCUGGACAGUUCAAAUGCAAGUGUUUCGAGCAGCCUCAGUCUGGCCAGCCAAAAAGAUUGUCUGACACCCUCCACGCUCUGUAGUUUCAUGUCCUCUUCGUCCGGGGUCUCAGGAGUGGGAGCGGAUCGGAGACCGAGGCCCACCACUGUGACGACAGGGCACUCUGGAAGCAAGUGACUGGCCCCGGAGGUGGGGCCCAGGGGGCCGGGCCAGGGAAGGGGGGCCCCCGGGGGCCACCAGCGCCACCAGCCACUCCAGAGCGAUCCCACCUUGCAUGGUGCGCCUCCCUGCACAGGACUGGAAGACAGCAGUUUUUUUAUGGCCAUAUUUUAUACUGCAAUUCUGAAGUGUUCAUUUCUCACAAACUGUACUGACUCAAGGGAUCUGGUGCUGUACAUAUGAAUCUCGCAAAGCUCUAACAGAAUGGACUUUCUCAGUUCCUCUCCCCAAGCCCUGUCGUUUCCGCUCUUCUCAGUAGAGGUACCCGUCUAUGUUGUAUUUUUUCAUUCAUGACAAAAAAAAAGUUUCAACUGGAUUAUUUAAGUAUUGGUAAAUAUUGUGCAUUAGGGUUUUGUUUUUUUCCUUUUAAGAAAUGUGUCCUUUCAAGCUAUACUUCUUACUUCCAUGACCUGUAUCUUUUGCUUGUCGGUAGUAGAAUGUUAUGUUAACCUUUAAGAGAUUUUUUUUUUCCUUCAAAGGGAAUUUAAAAGUAUUUUUUAAAAUUCUAAUAGAGGAUUGAUCGAGAAUCUGUCUCCAAGGUGAAGAGUGCACUUUACUUCAAUUCCUUCUCCUUGUCUCCCUUUCUUCCUUGGAGGGGCAGUUCUCUGAGAAGGUAACUCACCUCUUCUGCAGGCCUGUUUUCUCCCUGGGAGUUGGGGAGCCCGUGGGGGGCACCUGCAGAAAACCUUGCCUGGCAGUUCCUCCAGCAAAGCCCUCUCCAACUGGAGACCGUGGGGCCUCUGGCCAUUCGCAGUCAGAAAUGAAGAAGCCUGCUCCCCCAGAGCAGAUGAAAGGCUAGACUUGUGAUGAAGGAGAUGACCCCUCUCCCCCUGCAAAAAUUUCAGAGCCUCCCGCACAGAAAGAGCACGAUUGCCAUUUUGUUUGGAGCAAAUUUCUCACACAGCUCUCCUUUCUCAUGAGGAGGGUGGCAUGUGAAAGCCCAGCUAUGCAGUUUUAAAACUGAUCUGUUUUUUAAAAAUGCAUUUCUAAUCUUACAACUGCGAACAGCCUCCAGCUCACACCAGUUGUUUCUGCAAGUGUUUACGCUCUUCUUAGAGGGUGAGGAUCCAGAGAAGGGAAGAGAGGGCCAUGACCUUGGAAAAGACCCCAUUGACAUGAGGUGGUGAGGAGAGGUGACCUGCCCAGCCGGCAGGACCCUGGCCACUGCAGUGACAACCAGAGACCACCCAGCCAGGCCCAGCUGGCAUGCAAAGCCAUCCCUCUGACGGAGGGAAUCCCCAAACCAAAGAUCUGAGAUGGUGGGGUCACCAGUGUCCCAGGUGUCCCAGGACUGAAGGACUUUCAAACCAACAGUGUCCCAGGAAAACUGGGCCACGUUGUACACCCACGUGGUGGAUGGGUGUGUAGGAUAGAGCGAGCACAGUGUGAAACCCAGGACAAAGUGCUUCUCCAGGAGGCUUCCGAGAUGCUGUCAUGAAGAGGCGAGCAGGUGGGGCCAGAUGCAAAAGCCCUCCCUCAGCCCCCGUGCCCACACGAUGCCCUGAGUCUGCAUCCGCACAGUCGGCCUCGAGCCGCAGUGGGUCCCUGCUUGUCUUCUUGAUGGUCCUGUGACUUCCCUGGCUGUUGUCCUCAUGCUCUUAUCCCGCAGAUGGUCAGACUCAGUGGAUCCUGUUGGUCUGGCUGUCUUUGUCACUUCUACACCUUUGCCUGGGUGUAGGCCAAAUGUUCAGUGAUGGUCCCCUCAGCACACACACACUGUUAUGAGGCUCAACAGCUGCAUUCUGCCUCCUUCAGGACAGCAGUGCAGGUGUGUGUGAGAGCCGCUGGAAAGACAGGCAUCUGAUUCACCCCGUGUCUUCCGCAUCACAGACACUCAGCCCCUUGACAGGAAUCCCACUUGACAUCUGCCACACAUGUAUCCAGAGUGGAAAUCAAGGUGUUACUCUUCAAAAUUUGUAAAAAGCCUGGAAAUGCCUAUAAAAUGACAGAAGACCCAGUUAGGAAGCAAGUAUUGCCUCAUUUGGAGGGCAAUAGCAUGAAUAUUAUAAACAGAAUCAGGAAACUGAGGCAUAGAAUGUUGCUUACUGACAAGUGUAAUGGAAGAUCCAAGUUUGUACAGUAUAAGAGGAGAAGCACUUAGAUGUUAUGGAGGAAGGGUGAUAAUUUGCCUGAAUCUGAUACUUAGAACAUGUGCCCAAAUAGUUACCAGCUCCUUGAACUGUGCCCUACACAGUCAUUUGCACUUGGAAAGCAGCAGAUUUUAUUGGUGGCAAAUUAUUUUCUGGAGCCGAACUGUGGGAUGCAUGUUCUAUGCAAUUAAUUUGAAAAUAUGUCCUACCUGAAAAGCGCAGAAGAGCUGAAAGACAGGCAGGUUUCAGGUGCCUCUUUGUGAUUUGGGGUCAGCUCUUGGCCAUGGUUGGCCACAUCAGGUCUCAGGACCAAACUGCAAGAAGAUAGUGACUGUUUCAGCCCAAAAGUAGGCUCUGUUGAACUUGACAUCAGGUGAAUCUCUGCUGUCUGGAUGCCACCAGACUCAGGUUUUUCCCCCAUUCUUUUAGGAAGAGGAGAAAAUAAGCCCCACAUGGAAAAGCUGCUCUGCUCAGAGAGGCCUUAGUGGUUUAAAAAUGGAGGUUCUCUUUCAACCGUGUUAUUUACACUUGAUUACAACAUGGGAAGAGAACUCGGAAUAUGCCUUUUGGCAACACCUGCCAAGUGGAGUGACUGAGUCCUAGGACCCUCACUGAUGUCAGAUUAUACCAACAGAAGCUGAGCUUUUCAUAGGGACACCCGGCUUACACAUCUCGAGGCCAGUGCGUGUGGCUAGACUAAGGAUGGACCGUGGACUUCAUCACAGGCUUCCUUCCAACACCCCGCCCCCCCCCCCCAAUUUGGUCUCUUCACCUCCUCAGAGAAAGUGGAUUGUUUUUCUUAUUUGAAAUAGUGUCUUUGAAUGGUCUUGCCCUCAACUGCCUGUCUGUCUCUCCUUCACUUCCUGAUCUUCAUCUGAUCCAUGAGGCCAUCAGGGAGGCUAGCAUUUGUCUGAAACAGAGGGCGUGCACCCAAGUGUGGCUCUGACAGACUUUCGAGCAAGUCCCAGCUCUUCAGCUGGCUCUGAGCAUAGCAUCCAGGGAACUGGGCAGUUGGGCUUAGAACUGACCAGGCAAGUCUCUGGCACUCAGGGAGGAUGAGCUGGUGAAAGGCAUGUGCCACAUGUCCCCCCAGCUCAGUCUACCUACAGCACUAAUCUCAUCCUGUUCAUUUGUCUCCCGUGGUGUCCAGAAGAUCCGGGCGGAUUAUGAAUGGAAGAGGAAGACCCCUCCUUUAGAAUGAAGGCCAAAAACACUAGGGACAAAGGGAUGGAAUGCAAGUGACCCCUCCUUGCAAAGAAAGGGGUUAACCCUUCCUUUGGAGGAGUGACAGCUUGAUGAAUGCCCUGGGGUUUGAUGUGUUGUGAGAAAAGACUGUAUCCCAGUGAAGAUAACUCAGUAUUUUAAGACUUUGGCCACCAUGGCCCCCUCACCCACCCAGAGCCUGGGCUGUGUUGAUUCUUCACCUUGGAGAAGCCACUCUGGAACCAUUGCUCCAGGUUUGAGGGUGGGAGAAGGAGGGUUAUGGCCUCUGUGUUUUGCCUGCGACACUGUCAACUUCCCAACUUUGUGUGGUCUCCACAAACUCCUUUCUGGGCUUCCUCUGGUUGCAAAAAUGGACAGCAAGGCCCAGUAGAGGGCAGUUCCUCCCAUUUCCAUAAGCAGAAAUAAGAUGUGCUCUUUCCCAGGGUCUCACUGUCACUUCUGGCAAAUGGAAUGAAGGUCCUCUGAAUCAACCGAUGCACGAAACCUUUGCAUGUUCUUCUGAAACAAUACUGCUUCCCGUUCUGUCCACUUACACUCUGCAGAGUUGGCCUUUUCCUUAAACACAUUCCAGACCAAACACUGUUCAGUUUGUUUUAAAAAAAAUGUAUAUACCAGUUUGUAACCCACCACUCUUUGCGAGGGACAGGGGGCUGGUCCUAGGUUGGGGCUGCCAGUUGGCCAAAGAGUGUUCCAGUUGGUUUUCAGAAUUGACAAAGUUGAGAUAGGAAGGGUGAAUUGUGCAGAUUUCUUAAAGGGGAGCUUAAUUCACAGGGAUGCCAAGAAAACCGGACUGCCAAUGGGAUUGCUUGACACUUCUACAUUGGCCAGAGUCAGGGAGGAGAAAGAGGAAGGCAGGAGGCCCAAGCCGCCUUCAGCCCUGACCUUCAGUGUGGUCCCAGUGUAUCGCGAUCUGCAGCCCAGCACAGGCACAGGAGCCCAGCCCCACUGUGGAGUCGGCCCUGCAUGCUGGCCGUGACCUGGCCCGCCUCCUGCUCUGGGCCAAAUCCAACGGGCAGGAGCAUCAGUCUCUCCCGCCUUCCCUGCCACUUGUAGCAGGAGCAGCCGCGCUUGUGGCUCCGGGGCCUCUGCUUCUGCAAACCCAAAGGCUGUUCAUUUGGCAGCCAACCCUGCAGCAUGUGGCUGCCAGGUCUGGUUUCGUGGACAAAGUGUGGAAUGGCUUCUUGGUGUCUGUGUCUCUCUCUACACCAAAGGGACUGACUACUGCAUUUCCCCCUUUGUACUAAUGCCGCUUCUGCAUUCGCCAUAUCCAUUUUUAACCUUUUGGUCUCCAGGGAACUUCUCAUAUGAUGAUUGUGUCUUCUGAUGAUUUACCAACUUCUUUUACUUCGAGGUGAUUUUAUUUUCUUAUGGACGGGAAAAAAGAAAAUGAAAGGAGUGUUGAGGCUUUCAUCAUAGAGAUAAAAUAUCACCAGGAACUCAAAAGCCCCAAACACUGGAUAAAUUACUUCUCAAAGAAAAAGCUUAAUCUGGACAGACUGAGGUUCCUGGGCCCUCGUGGUAACCUUGCACUUGAGGGAGGAGGUGCUGGGGCAGCGCUGGCAGCCAGGCUCUUGACAUGUUAUAAAAACAAAAACAUUGUGAUAGUGACAAAAAUGCUACAACCUUGCAGCAGUAUCUUUGUUUUGCAAGGCAGGCAGCAUGUUUCAAAGAACAUUUAUCUUAGCCCCAUGUUCAGGUUGAAAGAUAUUAAUACAAAAGGUACAUUCUGUCCAGAAUAAAAUUUGGAACAAUUUCUAAAUUGGCUCUGGUCACUGCAAUAAUGUCAUAGUCCUUCUUGCAGCUCUCCCAACAGUGAGCAUGUUUUCCAAAAGCUUAUGACAUUGAACCCAGGAAUGUCCCUGUGUCUAUUAUUACUAGGCUUGUAAUUGGUUCAGUUUUUCCAUAAAAACAUGCUUGUCCAAAAGAAGGGAAACUGUGCAUUUAUUCCAUGCAUGUAAUAAACUCUGCAAGAAGUUUACUCCACAUAGGUUUGCGGCACUGCAAAAUUGUUAAUGGGCCUGUGUAGCAAAUGAUUCUCUGCCUUGACAAUCAUGUACACAUAUCAAGAUUUCUAUCAUAAUGAUGACGAGAUUGAUGACUUCUUGUUUUCCUCCAAUAAAGACAAUUAAUCACCUUCA